UCUCCUUCUCCUCUCCUCUCCUCUGCACCGCCGCCGAUCUCCUCCGCCGCGGCGCCUCCAGGAGCUCCGGCGUCGCCUCCAGCCUACGCUCCGCUCUUAGGUAGGAGAACCACCGCAUCCGUCGUCCGCCGGUCGCCGCCGCCACCUGCUUCGUCGGGCCCCUAACGCGUUUGCCCGCUCGCUUCCGCUUCUGGAGACGCGGCGGAUCCAGCGCUAAUCGGGAGGGCAGUGGAUUUGGUUCGGAGGUCGGAGAAGGAAGCCAUGAACUCCAGAAGCAACUACCGCAGCACCAGAACUUCUCUUUUUGAUGGCAUUGAGGAGGGCAGAAUCCGUGCACCAUCCUAUUCUACACAUGAGAUAGAUGAGAAUGAGAACGAUCAAGCUAUUGAUGGAUUGCAGGAUCGAGUCAGCAUUCUCAAGCGGAUAUCUGGUGAUAUCCAUGAAGAGGUGGAGACUCAUAACCGUAUGCUAGACCGAAUGGGCAAUGAUAUGGAUUCGUCAAGGGGUUUCCUCUCUGGAACAGUGGACAAGUUCAAGAUGGUUUUCGAGACCAAAUCAAGUCGGAGGAUGGGAACCCUUGUGGCAUCAUUCGUCGCGCUUUUUCUGCUGAUAUACUACUUGACAAGGUAGAAGGACCCAUCACUAGUUAUCUACUGUUAUGAAGCUAUGUGGAGGGGUUGCUCAAGAACGCGUUGAAAAAUGUUUGUGUCAAUUUACCGUGGCGUCCUAUAUUAUACCUCCAAUUCUCGCUGUCACAAUGCAAAAUAUGUUGACCCGAAUGUUGCUUGCUCUGCACUGUGUGUGGAUUACAACGUGUUCGUCGUUUGCUCUGUUGCUGUAAUUAUAUACUUCCACAGAAAAUGUUGUGCUGCUGUGUUCUGUAACUUCUGUAUGCUGUCAUGCUAUCUGCAUUAAAACUUCAUAAGAGAUGGUACUUUGAAUCUUUACUGCUAAUAUAAGAUGCUACUAUUGUACAA